UCAAUGGCGGUGCCGGUGGUAAGGUUUCCGAUUAUCCUAAUGGUGAGGGUAAUCGGAAUUGCAGUGGCAGCAUUAGUGUUGACGUGGACAGUGCAUUACAGAGGUGGUUUAGCCCUCAUAUCUGACAACAAAGCUCUCAUCUUUAACGUACAUCCUGUUUUAAUGGUUAUCAGCCUCAUCCUUCUAAAUGGUGAAGCUAUGCUGGCGUACAAGACAGUCUCUGGAACAAAGAGCUUCCGGAAGUCGGUUCAUCUUUCCCUGCAAUCCAUGGCUUUCUUUUUUGGUCUAAUUGGUUUAUGGGCUGCUUGGAAGUUUCAUAUUGACAAAGGAAUCGACAACUGGUACAGUCUUCACUCAUGGUUGGGCAUAGUUUGCCUUUUUCUAUUUGGUAUCCAGUGGGCUGCUGGUUUUGCAACUUUCUGGUAUCCAGGUGGUUCAAGGAACAGCAGAGCGACUCUUCUACCAUGGCAUGUCUUUUUGGGCAUAUACAUAUAUGCCCUUGCUAUUGCAACUUGUGCUACUGGCUUAUUGGAGAAAGCUACAUUCCUUCAAGCAAGCCACAUAAUCUCACGCUAUUCCACCGAGGCAUUGCUAGUGAAUAGCUUGGGUAUCUUGAUUGUUGUUUUGGGUGGAUUGGUUAUUCUCGCUGUUGUCUCCCCAAUGAAUGGUGUAGGUGACAUUCAUAGAGGACCAGCAGAAUAAGCACGCAUCGAUGUGAAUUUGAAAUUUCAAUUUUGAGAUAGAGGUUAUAUCAAACUUCAUGUAUCGAAGGGCUUAGUUUUAUUUGAUAAAGAGAGAGAGAUCUAGUGAAAUGUUUAUUAAGCUCAAAAUAUAUGAUCAGGUAACGUUCAAGAGUUCUGCAUUUUGUCUA